AUGGCCCAAUCUUCGCAAUGCUACCUCCCGCGCUUCGCCACCGCGGUCGAUGGCCCUAAACGCCCGGUUUCGAUGAAGAUCAAACCGACUCCUUCGCAACACGCGCAGUUAUUAACCGCAUGGCACGAAGGACGCCUGAACUCGGUAUUGCAGACCACAUGGGCCUUGGUUUUGCAUUACUACCUCCGAACCGAAGACAUUUGUUUUGGCUAUCAACACAUCGACGGCGACUGUGCCCCCACUCACGACCAUGUACAGAACUCGAGCUCCGACAUUGCCGCUUUACGACUAUCUAUCGAAGAAUCCGACACCAUCCAGGCUAUUGUAGAUAAAGUGUGGAAGAACAAUGGGUCGAGUCCACAGCCCAGUGGGCGCGGCGGCGCGGCGGAUGCUCCCGAUGCCUACCAGUCUUUCAACACCAUCUUGAUGCUGCGUACAUACCGAAAGGCGUCUGAUACCCCAUCAUCACCCUCAAAGCCCUUUUUGGCAGCUGCCCUACCGGACCAGUGUCAAGUUCGCGUCCAUGUCAAGGUGCUGCGCCGCGACAUUAACAUAUUCUUGGAAUGGCGUAAUGGAGACAUGUCUGGAGAACAGAUGAAGAGCGUCGCCAGCAUCUUGGACCGUAUGCUCGCCCGAGUGCUUUCCACCGAGAACGUCGCUAUUAGCCAGCUUAAUUUGUUCUCGGAGAAUGACUGGGCGCGCAUUCAGAAAUGGAACUCCCACAGCCCCAAGCUAUAUGACCGGUGCAUUCACGAAGCAAUUGAGGAGCAGGCUCGUAGCGGCGAAGAUCGCGAAGCUGUUUGCGCCUGGGACGGAAGAUUAUCAUAUGGCGAGCUGGACCGGUUGGCGUCGAAGGUCGCCUGUCAUCUUCGCAUGCAGGGUGUCGGCCCUGAAGUGCGCGUGGCGCUUUGCUUUGACAAAUCAAAAUGGAACAUCGUUGCAAUGCUUGGCGUCAUGAAGGCGGGAGGCGCGUUUGUGCCAAUGGACCCGACACACCCCACCUCGCGCCUGCAACGCCUGAUCGAGUCCGUCAAGGCGCCCGUGGUUCUAUGCUCUCAGGCUCGCACGGAGACGCUGAGGUCGAUCGCGAGCACCGUGAUUCCCUUGUGCGAGGAGACACUAGCCGGCUUACCUGAUCCCGCUGAGAGCGUGGACCUUGCAUCGGGUGUGACCAGCCAGAAUGCCGCAUAUGUUCUAUUUACCUCCGGGUCGACCGGCGAGCCCAAGGGUACCUUACUGGAGCAUCGGGCGUUCCUGUCCAGCGCCAUGGCCCAUGGCCCUGCCCUGGGGUUGUUUCGCGGAACUCGCGCGCUGCAGUUUGCAGCUCACACAUUUGACGCCAGCUUGGCAGAGUCAUUAACGCCGCUUAUUCAUGGAGGUUGUGUCUGCAUUCCUAGUGAUGGGGAUCGUCUCAACGACAUUGUCGGAGUAAUCAAUAGUAUGGCGGUAACGCAGGCCUGCUUCACGCCGUCCUUCAUUGGGUUUGUCGAUAUUGAUAGUGUCCCCAACUUGAAGACUGUUAUUUUGGCUGGAGAAGCAAUGUCGCAGUCACAACUGGCGACUUGGUCUAAAAUUCAACUGGUUAAUGGAUACGGCCCUACCGAGGCCAGUGUCGCGUCGGUGAUCAACACCGGUGUCACACCAGACACCGAUUGUAAGGAUAUUGGUCUCCCGGUUGGCGUCAGAGUCUGGGUAGUCAAUCCGGAAAACCACGAUGAGCUCGUGCCCGUGGGUUGCCCAGGUGAACUACUUCUUGAAGGCCCGACGCUCGCCCGGUGCUAUGUCAACAACCCAGAGAAGACGAACGAGUCAUUUAUCUACGACCCGCUCUGGACAAAGCUUGACCCUGCAGGGGGGAUGAAUCGCAGAUUUUACAAGACCGGGGAUUUGGUGAGGUACAACUCCGACACAGGAUCGCUCAAUUACAUUGGUCGGAAGGAUACGCAAGUGAAGGUCCACGGCCAGCGUAUCGAGCUUGGUGAAAUUGAGAAUCAAUUGGGUAGCGACCCUGAUGUUACGCACUGUUCGGUGUUGUUCCCGAAGUCAGGGUUCUCGAAGGGAAGGUUGGCCGUCGUGCUUUCCUGCGCAGGACUCCUGGGUCAACAAUCAGAUGCAGACCCGCAGCCACUCCGUCUUGUGUCUUCCUCUGUGAAAGCGAGAUUCAUCCCUGGCAUUCGAGAGCGCCUCGCUGGCAAGCUCCCAACCUACAUGGUACCGGCAGUUUGGUUAUGCGUAGAAUCAUUACCUCUUAUGCCUUCUGGGAAGCUUGACCGGAAAGGAAUCGCCUUGUGGGUUUUGAAUAUGGAAGCCGAUCCAGACAUCUCAUUGGCUGGGGCACAGGUAGGUGCAAACGCUCAAAUGCCUCAGCCUGCAAAUGAGACGGAAGAAGCUCUGGUAGCUGUUUACAGCCGUGUUCUCAACAUCCCCCAAACGCACGUUAGCUUGGAAGAGAGCUUCUUGAGCUUGGGUGGUGAUUCAAUUGCUGCGAUGACUUGUAUUGGCCUGUGCAAGAAGCAAGGAAUCGCGCUUUCAGUUCAAGAUGUGCUUCGGAGCAAAUCGAUCCGUGACUUAGCUACUCGCGCUAAAGCGAUCGAUCAUCAGACCUCAUACCAGGAAGCCGUGAACGAGCCAUUUGGUCUUUCCCCAAUUCAAGUGCUGCACUUCGGCUUGCGUAAAGAAGGGCAGGGACACUUUAAUCAAGGGAUUCUGACCAGACUGAGCAAGCCGAUCGAUGAGGCUUCAAUGAACAAGGCCAUCGAAACCCUUGUGUCUCGGCACUCUAUGCUGCGCGCGCGAUUUGACCACGCUGGAAAUGCGACAGCAUCUGCGCAACGCAUUACGAAUGAUAUCAAGGGGUCUUACAGGUGGGGCUUUCACACUGUGGGCGACAUGGAUGAGACAAAGAAACACAUCGGAAUCAGCCAGUCGUCGAUCAAUUGCUUUUCGGGUCCAUUGCUUGCAGUUGACUACUUCCGUUUCCACGACAAGACCCAGCCCCAUGUGUUGUCAAUGACAGCGCAUCAUUUGGUGGUUGAUAUCGUGUCAUGGAAAAUUAUCCUUGAAGACUUGGAAGAAUUCAUCGCCAAUCCGGAUAAGUCAGACUUCGAAAGCGCCUCACUACCAUUUCAAACCUGGUGCCGCCUCCAGAGCGAACACUGCGAGAAUCUGGCUUUGGAGGAGAGGACUCCGAAGACGUCCCUUCCACCAAUUGAAUUCUCUUACUGGGGCCUGAACAACAACGAAACCACUUACGGUGAUGUUGACUGUGCGACUUUCGAGAUCAAUUCUGCUCACUCCGAUUCGAUUCUUCUUCAAUGCCACAAGGCACUUGAUACUGAGCCAAUCGACCUUUUCCUUGCGUCUAUGCUACAUUCCUUCGGAAAUUCUUUCACGGAUCGACCUCUGCCAGUCAUCUACAAUGAGGGCCACGGACGAGAGGUAUGGGAUCCUUCUAUUGACAUAUCGCACACCGUCGGGUGGUUCACCAUCUUGCACCCAAUCCUUGUGAACAAUUUCAAGCCACAAGAUCCUCUGGAUACGUUGAUCAAGGUCAAGGAUUUGCGCCGCCAAGUGUCUGAUAAUGGACGUGCUGAUUUUGCGAGUCGGGUUUUACAAGUUGGUGAUUUGAAAGACACCAUCCACCCACACCCAUUCGAAAUUUCAUUCAACUACGUCGGUCAGCACCGUGAUCUACAAAGGCACGAUGGUCUGUUCCAGCUGGUCGAUCAAAUGGCCGGUGAGACUGGCCAGGGUAGCGAAGCUGCUGACUUUGGUCGUGACACGCCGCGUUUUGGUCUAUUCGAGAUCUCCGCCAUGGUGGUUGCUGGCAAGAUUAGGUUCACCUUUUCCUUCAACAAGUUCAUGCAGCACCAAGAUCGCAUUCACACUUGGGUCUCUAACUGUCACGCGCAGCUCAUCAGACUCUCAGAGCAACUGACAACGAUGGCUCCUCGCUUUACCUUGAGUUCCUUCCCAAUGCUAUCCUUGGAGUACGAUAGCAUGGAGAGAAUGCUUCACCAGAAGCUACCCGCCCUUGGUAUCAAAUCACCAGAUCUUGUCGAAGACAUCUUUCCGUGCUCGCGCAUGCAACAGGGUAUCUUACUAGGCCAGACGAAAGAUGCCUCCUACUAUGCUGUGCAUGAUACAUUUGAGGUGCGUGGGACUGGCGCAACAGCCCCGAACCUGGAUCGACUCAUGGGGGCCUGGAAACAGGUUGUGGCGCACCACGCUAUGUUCCGUACCAUCUUUGUUGAAAAUCUGACCCCUCGCGAUCCAUUCUGUCAGAUCGUGCUCAAGGAGUACGAAGCAUCGCCGGUGUUGCUUCAUUCCUCAGGAGACAGCGAUGUCUUGGCUACUUUCGACGCACAAGAGCCCAAGAACUACCGUGAAAUUGGCCCAGCAUAUAGGUUCAGCAUUUGUCAGACAUCUACCAACCGGCUAUUCUGCCGCUUGGAGCUCAGCCACGCUGCAAUGGAUGGAAAUUCUAUCUCCAUUAUUCUCCGUGAUCUGCAGCUCGCAUAUGUUGGUCGUCUGGAGGAAAGCCGCAGACCUCUGUUCAAGGACUACAUUCAAUUCCUCCAGAGUGCGCCUCAGAAGGCCAGCAUGAAGUACUGGAACUCGUACUUGGAAGAUGCAAAGCCCUGCUUGUUCCCUGUUUUAACAGAUGGAGAGGAAGUUGUGGAGAAGAGCUUGCGAUCUCUCCCUGUCAACUUUAAUUCCCUGCCAGAGUUGCAGAAGGCGUGUGAGAAGAAGGGAAUCACAUUGUCAAAUGUGUUCAAUGCAGCAUGGGGCUUGACACUGCGGCUUUUCUGUGGAUCUGACGAUGUAAGCUUUAGCUACAUGGCGUCACUGCGUGAUGUUCCUGCCGAUGGCGUUCAAUCGGUCCUUGGGCCUGUCAUUAACUUGAUGGUUUGCCGGAUGAGGAUGACUGGACAAUGGGUUCUUUCGGACGUGUUGAAGGAGAUUCAGGAUGAUUACAUGGAGAGCCUUCCCUAUAGACACACUUCCCUCAUCGACAUUCAACAUGCGCUCAAGCUUUCCGAUACAAACCUUUUCAACACGGGUGUAUCAUACCGCCGCCUCCCUGGCGCGAAGGAUGGAGUGAGCAGUGAUAUCGAAUGUGUCGAAGUUGGCUCCAUCCACGAUCCGGCCGAAUUCCCUGUCUUCAUCAACAUUGAGGCUAUGGACUCCAGAGCUCGUAUUGACCUCAAUUACUGGACUACCCAUCUUUCCGACGCCCAAGCUGCUAAUGUUGCCAAUACCUAUGUCGAGUGUCUCCAUAACAUAAUGACACAGAUGGAUUGUCAGCUGCGUGAGAUUGAAACAAUAUGCGAGGAAAACAAGAGCUUGAUUUCAGCGUGGAAUCGUCAAGUCCCACAGCGCAUUACCAAAUGUGUUCAACAAGUUGUGCAACAGGUUUGCAGCGACAACCCCGAUGCUCUGGCCAUAGUAUCCGAGGAUACACGCUUGACUUACUCCAAGCUCGACCAAUAUUCCUCUCGCCUCGCGAGUUACCUUGUUACAUUUGGAGUUGGUCCGGGUACUCUUAUCCCAACUUCCUUCGAGAACUCCAUUUGGAACAUUGUUUCCAUUCUGGCGGUAAUGAAGGCUGGCGGAGGCUGUAUUCCUGUCGACAACAGCGCUACAAUGGAGCUUGUCCAAAAAUGGGCCGUUGAAAAUGCCGUGCAAGUUGCUUUGGCAUCACCUGAAAAGGCCCAGCUCCUUGAAGAUACCAUCCCCUAUGUCAUCCCAGUUACCGAGUCACUUCUGGAGUACCUCAAUGAUGAACCCCUCUCGUCGUCCGCUUCACCUACCGAUCCUGCAUAUGUGGUUUUCACAGCUGGGACGUCACAGCGGGCUCGUGGCGUUGUGCUAGAUCACUCUACUCUCUUCACACGAUCAGCAGGCUUUGCUACAUCCCUUGGGAUUUCUGACUCAUCUAAGGUGAUGCAGCUUGGGUCUUCCACUAGCGACAUCUUCCUGCUAGAGACAUUUGGUACUCUCAUGCAUGCAGGCUCUGUGUGUGUGCCCCAAACGGUAUCGCCCAGUCGUGUGGUAUCCUCGAUCAACCUCCUGAAUGCCAACAUUGCUUGCUUCACGCCAUCUGUGGCCCAGUUCAUCGACCCAAAUGAUGUUCUAGGAUUGAAAACCGUGGCUAUUUAUGGGGAAGGAAUCGAAGCCGGAUGCCUCGCCAAGUGGGAAAUGGACGGCAAGUCACUCCAUGCAUUCUAUGGAACUGCAGAGUCAUCCUCGGUUUCUUUCCGCGCCAGCUCUGCGCGGCAGAUCCGCCAAUUCAGCAUUGGGACUCCUGUGUCCUGUGUGGCUUGGGUUGUUGACCCCUGCAACCACAAUUCAUUGGUUCCUAUUGGCGCUGUUGGUGAAUUGGUUCUCGAGGGGCCGCUCGUCGCAUCGGCCUAUCUGGGUCAGGAAAACCUUAGCGAUGAACAUUUCUUCCAGAGGCCCUCUUGGCUGACGGCCAUGUCGGACAGCUCGAUUGACUCGCAUCAGUCGCGCCUCUUCUUUAAGACAGGAGACCUUGUUCGAUACAACUCAGAUGGGUCUGUUGUCUUUGUAGACCGCAUUGAUGAGACCGUUGGGUCAUUCAGCCAAUCGGACAGCCUAAGCGUCGCCCAUCACAUUAAUGCUCACUUGGGCCAAAACUAUCACUCCAUUGUGCACUCCAUCCAAUUUCCUGGUACGACAGGCAAGACUAUUGCUGCAUUCUUGUGCCCUGGUGAUAGAUCCAUAUCUACAGAUUCUGAGCCAGUGAUUCUGAAAUCGGGAGGUCAACUGAACAAUGUUGUCCCCGCAUUGCACACAUAUUUAGGGACCGUCAUGGUUGCCAGCAAGGUUCCGAGCUUCUACAUUCCCAUUUCCUCUCUCCCCCUAAACUCUUUCGGUAAGACUAACUACAGGAGCCUCAUCUCCGAGGUUCAAAGCCUCGCUCCAGAUGCGUUGGAAUCAUUCGACAUCAAACACUGGGUCGGAUCGAAAACCUCGAAGCGGUCUUCUGGCCAAUCUCUGUCCCACAACAGUAUUUCCUUUUGGAAGGAGUAUUUGGGUGACAUCGAGCCAUGUAGCUUCCCUGCCUUGUCGCUCGAGCCAAAGGAUAAACGUCGCUCGUCGCGGACCCUGAACAAGCAAACGCAGCAGCUGCACGCUUUCAGCAGGAUGGCAAGAGUGCCUGUUGAGAUCCUCUUUCAAGUGGCCUGGGGUUUGGUCCUGCGAUGCUACACUGGCAAUGACGAUGUCUGUUUUGGAUAUUCUACCGCUGAAACCGAUGACCUGGCCUCCGUUUCCAUCUUCCGGGCUUUGUUGAACAACGAUCGGAAAAUGGACGAGGUUCUUCAGCAAUGCAAAUGCGACCUUGAGAAAGGCACUGAGCAUUUUGCGCCACAAACUACAGUCAAGCAUCACCUUGGCUUAGAUGAUACGGAGAUCUUUAACACCGUCCUCACCUUCCGCAAAUCAUCUUCUCUGCCCCAGCGAAGAAGCCGUGAUGCGUGUUUCUCGAAGACAUACGGAAUCGCACUCACAGCCCAAGUCUCUUCUUCGGUCGCGGAGAUUCUGUUUAGCUACUCGACUGAUCUUCUUACUUCCACGCAAGUUUCCCAUAUCUCCUUCCCCAGCGAUCAUGCCGCCAGCUACGUGACUGGAAUGCUUCUAUGCCCCCCUCGGUUUGAGAAAUGCGCCGAUGAGCUCAUUCAACAACAAGCAUUGCUUCACCCAAGAGCAGAGGCCAUUUGCUCUUGGGACAAGAACUUCACGUACGGUCAGCUCGAAAUUGUUUCAAGCCGACUCGCUCGCUACCUUACGUCACUUGGCGUCAAGCCGGAAGUGUUCGUUGUCCUCUGUUUUGAAAAGUCUGCCUGGGCGAUCGUCGCGCAAUUGGCUGUCCUGAAGGCUGGCGGUGCAUUUGUUUCGAUCGAUCCUUCUCAUCCUGAUUCUAGACUGAAAAUGCUGAUUGAUGAAAUUGGUACUGAGCUGGUCUUGUGCUCAUCUUCUCUCAACAUCAAGAUGGCCAAACUUUGCAAAAAGGCUUUCUCUGUGUGCCAAACUAGCAUCUCCCAGCUCCCUGAUUCCCCUCUGGCAUUGCCUGGGAACCGUCCAAGCUAUGAAAAUGCUGCAUAUGCUAUUUUCACCUCAGGUACUACUGGCAAGCCCAAGGCGACCGUCGUCGAGCACGUUGCCCUCAGUACAACUGCCGUGGCCAUGACUGAUGCCUUGCACAUGAAUUCUGGCACUCGUGCAUUACAAUUCUCGAACUACACCUUCGAUGUCAGUGUUCUGGAGAUUAUGAUGACAUUGAUGAAUGGAGGUUGUGUCUGUGUUCCCAGUGAAGAAGAGAGAAUGAACAAUCUUGUAGGCGCCAUCCGCCGAAUGGAAGCAAACUACAUGUCAGCUCCUCCCGCAAUUGUCAACACUCUCGAACCUAAGACUGUUCCGACUCUGAAGACCAUUAUUACUGGUGGUGAGAAGAUGCCGGCAAACCAUAUCGAUCGUUGGCACGAUCGCUUCGUCAUUAAUGCUUAUGGGCCAUCGGAGGCGACUGUUGUUGCUACUGUCGGCGUUAAGGUCGACUGGGAUGGCAACCGGGUCAAUGAUGACCCCACAUCCAUUGGGGUCGCAGCGAACUGCAGAGUCUGGAUUGUUGAUCCUAAUGACUACAACCGCCUUCUUCCCGUGGGGGCUGUGGGAGAAAUGGUACUCGAGGGAAGCAACAUUGCCCGGGGAUACCUUGGAAAUCCCGAGAAGACCAAGGCUGCAUUUGUCGAGGACCCUGCUUGGAGCCACCAUCCUGGGCUCCACGGAAUUUUCAAGAGGGACGAGCGGAUGUACCGCACUGGCGAUCUUGUUCGGUACAACAGUGAUGGCACUCUGGCGUUCAUUUCUCGCAAAGAUACGCAGAUCAAAUUCAAUGGUCAGCGCAUCGAACUUGAGGAGAUUGAACACCAGUGCCUUCGAUGCCUCCCUGAAGAUUCUCAGGUGGCAGUUGAUGUCGUUGUCCCUCAAGAAAAGACUGUGGCUAAGGGUCUCGCAGUGUUCUUCACUGUUCAUGACGGGCAUUUAGAGCAAGGUGGCACCAAUGAUCAAUUCGCGCCUGCGGUUCCUGGUGCUGAUCCUCUUUUGAUGCCCAUUUCUGUCGCCAACAUGGAUGCAGUCGUCCGUCUGAAGUCUUCUUUGCCCGAUUACUUGCCGCAAAGCAUGAUGCCUCGUUUGUUCUUUCCGUUGCAUAAUCUACCUUUCACAUCAUCCGGCAAAAUUGAUCGUAGGCGCCUUCGUGCUAUGGUUCAAACUCUAUCGAAGGAAACCCUGAAGUCUUACAUCACCUUCAAUAAUGCCGAAAGAUCAGGGGAAGUUUCAGAUGAUGGUAUCGAAGCACAGCUCCGGGCCCUCUGGGAGAAAACCCUCGACCUAGACGCUGGCUCCGUCACGAACGAGGACAGUUUCUUUGGCCUUGGAGGUGAUUCAUUCUCUGCCAUGAAUCUUGUUGGGGCUGCAGAAGCUCAAGGAAUUUCUCUUACUGUUGCAGCCAUUUUCAAAACCCCAGUUCUCGCUGACAUGGCGAAGACUCUCUCCGCCUCUGUUUCACCGGGGCCAAAGAAGACUAGGACUGAGCCAUUUUCACUCUUACCUUCUGGGAUUGACUUCGAAGCUCUGCUGGACGAGGUUAGCGAGAGCUGUGAGGUUACCAAGAGUGCUAUCGUUGAUGUGUACCCAUGCAGCCCUGUUCAAGAAGGUCUCUUAACAUUGUCUAUGAAGCAAAAUGGUGCUUAUGUGGCUCAGCCGGCGUUCCGUCUCGCUGAUGGAGCUGAUCUUAAUCAGUUCAAGGCUGCUUGGGAACAAACGGUUGCUGACCUGGAAAUUCUCAGGACUCGUCUGAUCCAUACCGAAGCAAUGAAUUUUGCCCAGGCUGUGCUCAAGCAUGAGCCCAUUUCCUGGGUCCAUGCAGAGUCAUUCGCCCAACUUCCUUCGGACUUCAUUGAGCUACCAAAGUGCAACGGUGGCGCCAUGACAGGAUACGCGAUCGUUCAACCGCGCGACUCAUCUAUACGUUAUUUCGUCUGGUCUGUUCACCAUGCGUUGUACGAUGGAUGGAGUAUCCCUCUUGUCUACCGCAGGUUGGAAGAAAACUAUAACGCUUCUCAAACAAAACAGUCUGCCACGCCAUAUGGUCUGUUCAUUGAAUACCUUACGAAGAGAAACAUGGAGGAGUCCGAUGCUUUCUGGAAGACUUACUUGGCCGGCAUCUCAAGCCCUGCGUUCCCACACAAUAAGAAUGCUGUUCCGGAUGCCAUCCGUGCUGGUAACACUCAGUAUCACAGCCUCGAGUUCUCUCGUCAUUCGAGCUGUGUGGACUUCACACUCCCUGUUUUACUCCGCGCCGCUUGGGCAAUCGUCAUUGCCACCCACACUGCUUCCGGAGACGUUUGCUUUGGGGAGACGCUUUCUGGACGCAACAUUGACUUGCCUGGAGUCGGAGAUAUUGCUGGACCCGUCUUAACGACCAUGCCCACACGUGUGCUUGUCGAGAAUGAUAUGCCCAUUGUCAAGCUUUUGGAUAGAAUUCAUGAAUCUACCACUGACAUGAUCCCCCAUCUCCAUUCUGGACUCCAACGCAUUCGGCAACUCAACGAUGACACCGCCGCUGGCUGCAAUUUCCAGAAUCUCCUCGUCAUUCAGCCGACCGAAAGUCAAUUGGAUGAAUCCAUUUGGAUUGAUGAGAAGCGUGAGACAAGUGAGGCUUUCUUCACCCACCCUCUUGUCGUCGAAUGUGGAAUCUCCAAGUCCAAGAUUUCCGUGAUCGCUCACCACGACGAACUCGUCAUUGAUGCUUGGAAAGCCAAGCGGCUUGUCGAGCAAUUCUGCCAUGUCUUGAAUCAACUUGUUAUGACUCCCAAGAGCAGUGUUGAGAAAGUCUCCACUAUCGAGACAAUCAGCCCAGAGGACAAAGCGGUCAUCGCUGACUGGAACAAGCGUGAGCCCCUCACCGUUGAGCGCUGUGUCCAGGAUUUCAUUCAUGAAAAGGUUCUUCAAACGCCAAAUUCCCUUGCAGUAUGCGCCUGGGACGGCGAACUCUCCUACCAAGAGUUCUGGUACCUUGCUUCCUCUUUCGCCAAUUAUCUUGUUUCUCGUGGUGUUGGACCUGAGGUAUUCGUCCCUGUUUGCCUGGACAAGUCAGCAUGGGCUAUGGUAACACUUAUCAGUGUUCUCAUUGCUGGUGGUGCCUAUGUUCCUCUCGAUCCUCACCACCCCGUUUCACGCCACGAGGAGAUUUUGGGAGAGGUUGGGGCCAGCAUGAUUCUCUGUACACCCGCCUACACGAACCGCUACAGCAAGCUAGUCAAGACCGUCAUCCCAAUUAGCAAAGAGACAUUGAAAGCUUAUGGGUCACUUCACUCCUCCGUCAAGAGCCAAUCGCGUGUUACCCCAUCCAAUAUGGCAUAUGCGUUGUUCACGUCUGGUAGCACAGGUCGUGCCAAAGGCAUUAUUGUCGAGCACAGAAAUGCUGUCAGUAGCAUUAUGGCUUUUGCUCCCAUGACCUUGAUGGACGCGACUUCCCGUGUGUUUCAGUUCGCCUCCCUGACAUUCGACGCUGCUAUCAUGGAGACGCUUGCUAUCCUCAUGCGCGGUGGCACAAUUUGUGUUCCCAGCGAGGACGAGAGGCUGAACGAUGUGGCAGGUGCCAUCCGUCGUAUGAGUGUCAACUGGGCUUUCCUGACUCCCUCAAUCGCUAGCAUCAUUGAGCCGUCGACCGUCCCUUCCAUGAAAUUGCUUAUCGUUGGUGGCGAAAAGUGUUCACAAGAGGUCAUCACAAAGUGGGCCAAUUCUGUAAAGCUUAUGAACGGAUAUGGGCCUACUGAAACCGUAGUCUUUGCUACUGUUGACACCGAUGUCGCUUCUCACCGGGAUCCGUCGCGAAUCGGAUAUGGUAUUCCCAGUACAUUAACAUGGAUUGUCGACGUCGAUGAUCAUCAUCGGCUCGCACCACUGGGCACAGUCGGCGAACUUGCGUUGGAGGGAACUCCACUCGCGCGGGAGUACCUAAAGAACCCAGAGAAGAAUGCCGAGGCCUUUGUUCAAGACCCCGCAUGGAUCAAGGAUUUCAAAUCAUCCCUGCCUUCGCCACGCCGAAUCUACAAGACUGGUGACCUCUGCUACUACAAUCCUGAUGGAUCUAUCGCCUACAUCAACCGUAAGGAUAACCAGGUUAAACUUCAUGGCCAGCGCAUGGAGCUCGGCGAGAUCGAGCAUCGUAUUCAUGAGAAUCCACUUGUCCGUCAUGGCGUUGUGAUCCUGCCCAAGACUGGGCCGCUUAAGCAGCGAUUGGUGACAGUUAUGUCUCUCAAUAAAAUCCCGGCGGACAACAAGCUGAUCUCUGACAAGGCUUGUGAGCUCAUCGAUGAGGCUCAAUUUGAACAGAUUGGUCUUCAAGAUCUUAUUCAAGUGCAAAAAGCAAUUGAGGCUCAGCUCCCUGUCUACAUGGUUCCUCAAACAUGGGCCUUGAUCAAAAAGCUCCCCAUGCUUGUUUCUGGUAAAUUGGACCGGAAGAAGAUCUCCGCGUGGAUUGAGAACAUUGAUGAUGAGUCCUAUGAGCGCAUCAUGCAGGACUUUGAUCAGAUGAAACGAGGGCCUACCGCGAAAGUAAAGGAACCAGAGCAGGAUGGAUCCCUGAAGGUUCUGCGGGAAAUAUUCUCCCAAGUUCUGAACAUCUCUAUCCAGAAGGUCAACAUUGACCGAUCUUUCGUCAGCCUGGGCGGCGACAGCAUUACAGGCAUGGCGGUGAUUUCCCGGGCUCGUAGGCAGGGUAUCCGUUUGACUCUUAACGCCAUUCUCCAGAGUGGAAGUAUCAAAGAACUUGCGCAAUCUGUCAAGCUCAAUGCUCCUGUCACUACUCGCUGUGAAGAGAAAUCUGGAGAGGGCUUCGCUCUCUCCCCUGUUCAGAAGCUCUACAUGGAUUCGAGCAGUUCCUUUAAGGGAGACUCCCGGUUCAACCAAAGCAUUACUGUGAGAAUCUCGCGCAGGGUUGAGCCCGAGGUGCUUCGCCGGGCCAUGAAGACGGUCACCAGUCAACACCCGAUGUUCCGUGCUCGUUUUACUAAGGCCUCCGGCGGCAUUUGGCAGCAAAAGACUGCGGUGGAAAUUGAUGAAUCGUACCGAUUCCGCGUGCACUCGGUCAAUGACACCCGGGCGAUGGUCCCCAGGAUCGCUGAGACCCAAUCCUGUCUUGACCCCCAAGAUGGUCCCAUUUUCGCAGGUGAUCUGUUCGACCUGCGCGCUGGCGGACAAGUCCUUUUCUUGGUCGCUCAUCAUUUGUGCGUUGACAUGGUGUCCUGGCGCAUUGUUUUAGCCGAUCUGGAAGAGCUUGUUGUUUCUGGCUCUUUAUCCGAUGAGAAGGCCCUAUCCUUCCAAAGCUGGUGCUCUAUGCAAGUGGAGAGAGUCAAAACGCACGAUUCAAAUCUCACUCUACCUUUCGUACCUGGGCAAUCUGACUUGAGCUACUGGGGUAUGAACGAUGUCUCCAAUCACUAUGGUGAUAUCAAGAUGGAGUCUUUCAGUCUUAGUGAAAAGUCUACGCAAUUUGUUCUAGAGGGCUGCCAUGAAGCCUUCGGCACCGACACCGUUGAUAUCUUGCUCGCUGCUAUCGCCCACUCUUUCCGGCGCGUCUUCACUGACCGGAAAAUGCCGACCAUCUACAAUGAGGGCCACGGCCGUGAGGCGUGGGACGCUAGUCUCGAUCUUUCGCGCACUGUUGGUUGGUUUACAACAAUGGCGCCCCUCUUUGUUGAUGGUGAAAAUGGCUCCUUCGUGGAUAUCAUUAAGCGCGUCAAGGAUACUCGCCGCCAAAUCGCUGACAAUGGGCGACCUUUCUUCGCCAAAAGCCUCCUCGAGGAUGAUGGGAAAGGCUUCCAAGUCCCCCUCGAGAUCUUGUUCAAUUACCUUGGUAGGCUUCAACAGCUUGAAAGACCUGAUUCUCUCUUCCAGCAUCAAGGAAGUGUUUUCGACAGUUCAGACUUCGCUAUCGCAGGUGACAUGGGUCCAGAGACCGUUCGUUUCGCCCUCUUCGAAGUGUCGGCUAUUGUUCUCAAGGAACGUCUUACUGUUGCGUUCACUUACAAUAGAAACAUGCAACGUGUCAGCCAAAUCCGCUCCUGGAUCGUGCAAUGCAAGCAUACAUUGGAGAAGGAGAUACUCGCUCUGAACAACGCAUCUCCGGAGCCAACACUUAGCGACUACCCUCUUCUGCCGCUCAACUACCACGGUCUUCAACUCCUCGCCAACAACACUUUCCGCAGACUCGGCAUCCGCAAUAAGAAUGAAGUUGAAGAUAUUUAUCCCUGUUCUCCGAUGCAGGAGGGGCUGCUCCUCAGUCAGCUUCGGGAUCCCAGUGCUUACAUGUUCCAUACCAUUUUCGAGGUCAAAGAUGCUCGCACUGGCAAAGUUGAUGCGGAAAGGCUCGCCCGUGCAUGGGAACACCUUGUGCAUCGUCAUCCAGUCCUUCGGACUGUCUUUAUUGACAGUAACUACAGCGGUGGCUCUUUUGACCAACUGAUUUUCAAGCGUGUCUCUAACAAUGUCCUGCGUGUGGAGUGCCCUGACUCCCAGGUACAAGAGAAGCUCGACGCGAUCUCCCUGCGCGACUUGAACGCUAUGCGCCAGCAGAAACUUUCCAACCAGUUAACUAUCUGCAAGACUAAUACUGGCCGGGUCAUUAUCAAACUUGAGAUCAACCACGCCAUCAUCGAUGGCGGCGGUGUUGAUGUUCUCCUCCGCGAUCUGAAUUCGGCAUAUGACCGCAAGCUACCUGAUGGACCCGGUCCGCGAUUCAGUGACUACAUCAAGUUCAUCCGAACGCAGUCCCAAGCAGAUGCAAUCGAACACUGGAAGAAUUACCUUGAGCUGAAGGGUAUUCUCAUGAAUUUCCAUCGCUUCCCUGAACUUCUCAACUUCUGCGAGUCUGCCUCUGUCACUCUCGCCAACCUCACAUUGUCUGCUUGGGCCAUCGUCCUUAAGCAAAUUACCAAGUCGGAUGAUGUCUGCUUUGGCUAUCUUUCCGCUGGACGGGAUGCCCCUGUAGACGGCAUUCAAGACAUGGUCGGAAUUUUUAUCAACAUGCUCUGCUGCCGUGUCCAAUUCACUGCUCAGCAAACUUUGGCUCAAAUCUCGAAGAAUGUAAAUGCCGAUUACAUCCGCAGCAUUCCACACCAGAGCUGCUCUCUCGCAACAAUUCAGCAUGAACUCGGCAACAAGGGCCAGGCACUUUUCAACACGACUCUGUCCAUCCAGAACCAUACCGUCGCUGGCGGUACCCAGGAAAAGGGUCUAUCUUUUGACCUCCAGCAUGCUCACGAUCCUAGUGAGUACGCUAUAACUGUCAACGUGGAUAUUUCUCGUGGCAGUGAAGGCAUUAUGUUGCGAUACUGGAGUGAUGUGGUCUCGGAUGACCAAGCCCAAAACCUAGUGGACACAAUCGCCAAGGUGUUCAACAGCUUCAUCGAGUCGCCGGAUUCCACAGUCACGGCGUUCCAGCUUGGCAGCAAGCCCGCGGAAGAGCCUCAGCUGACAAUCAAUACCGACAUCGUGAAGAAUGAUUUGGACGGCAUCAAUGGUGCCUCCAUCCAAAAGAUGAUCGAUGAUCGUGUUCAUGAGAUCAUCAGCCAAAUGUUAAGAGACGGAAAGCUAAUGGUUCCUCAUGCCCGAAGCAGUGGCUUAUCUGGAUAUGGUAAUACUGAGGAUGGCGUGGAUUCGCCGUACCCAUUGGAUGGAAAUUUGGGAGCAGACGAUUCGGGAGUUUGCUCAGCAACCUCGCGUUGCAGUGAAGAGGGUGUAUAUGCGGACGUGGAGAGGAAGCUUUGGAAUCUUUGGAGUACUGCACUGGGUAUUUCGCCCAAUGUUGUUAGACACCAGGACAGCUUCUUCAAGUUAGGAGGCGACAGCAUCACUGCCAUGAAGAUGGUCAGUGCUGCUCGGGAGGAGGGCUUGGUACUUACUGUUGCAGAUGUCUUCAACAACCCUGUUUUCGAAGACAUGCUUGCCACUGUCCGGGCGGCCAACAUGACGCAGCAGAUACUGAAUGUCGAGCUUCAGUCCGCCCAGAAGGAAGCGGAAGUGUUUCCGGAUAGCAAUCCGACAACACUUGCACCCACUCCCUCUUCUGAGAGCGUUUCCGUUCUGCGGCCUACCAAGGCAAUGGAUGAUGCUUCAUUGCAAAGCGGCAUUUGCCCCAAGAUCGGGGUUUUCAAGGGUGGCAUCGCGGAUGUCCUGCCGGUUACGGACUUCCAGGCCAUGUCCCUGACUGCAACCUUGUUCAAGUCAAGAUGGAUGCUGAACUACUUCUUCCUGGAAGGCAAUGGGCCGUUGGACCUGCGUCGCCUUCGCGAGAGUUGUUUAAAGGUUGUCGAUGCUUUCGACAUCCUUCGCACUGUCUUUGUUUGCUUCCACGAUCAGUUCUUCCAGGUUGUCUUGCGCAAGAUCCGUCCAAGUAUCUUUGUCUAUGAAACCGAGCGUGGCUUGGACGAGUUUACCAUGACUUUGCAGCAACGUGAUCGUGAACAUGGCCCACGGGAGGGCGAGCAAUACGUUCAGUUCUACGUGGUAAAGAAGAAGGGAAGUGACCAGCACCGUAUCAUGAUCCGCCUGUCCCACACUCAGUAUGAUGGGGUGUGUCUAUCGAAGAUCAUGUCAGCGAUCAAGCUUGGGUACGAGGGUAGUCCAUUGCCCCUAGUUACUCCAUACGCCAGCUACCUGCGGCAGCUUCCCGGUACAAUCGGUCCAGAGCAUUAUAGCCACUGGUCGAAGCUUCUCAAAGGCUCGCAUAUGACUCAGGUCGUCCGUCGCAAGGGAACAACCAUGUUCCAGAACGUCGGCUCCUUCACAGAGAUCCGCAAGACGAUCGAGAUCCCACCAACUGCCCUUGGAAACGUCACUGUUGCAACGGUCAUGCAGGCUGCUUGGGCGCUUACACUGGCCAAACUGUCUGCACAGUCUGACGUUGUCUUCGGCCUUACUAUCAGUGGUCGCAAUGCCACGGUUCCGGGUAUUGAAAGCACCGUUGGGCCUUGCGUCAAUGUGAUCCCCGUUCGUGUUAACUUUGCUGAGAAGUGGACCGGUCUUGACCUCUUCCGUUACCUUCAAGAUCAGCAGGUUUCCAAUAUGCCUUAUGAAUCCCUUGGCUUCCGCGAAAUCAUCAAGCACUGCAGUGACUGGCCAUCAUGGACCUACUUCACUACGUCGGUCUUUCAUCAAAACGUUAGCUACGAGGGCACCCUUGAACUUGACAACAACAAGUACCAGAUGGGUGGCGCCGGCGUGAAUGACAACUUCACUGACCUGACAAUGGUUUCGCGCCCCGAAGGCGAACGCAACUUGAGCAUCACUCUUGGGUACUCUGAGAAGGGCCCUAUUCUUCCAGACUUUGCUGAGAAGGUCCUUGAUAUGGUCUGCGAGACGGCUCAGUCUCUGAUCGCCAACCCUUCCACCGCCCUGCCAUCCCCAAGCAUGCUCUGCUCUCUGCCCUCUCAAGCCGUUGAGGAUUUGCCCCGCACUUUCGACGAGCAUUUCCUCAGCACUCACCUCAAGUCGCGCUCUAUCGCAGAGCUUCUUGUGCACUCCGACAUUCUCUCCCGAUCCUGGCACCAGGUACUUCCCAGCCCGGCCAACGAAGAUGCUGAAGACACUGAUGAAAACCCCACUCAACAAAAACCAUUCCAACUGGAUUCGUCUUUCUUUGAUCUGGGUGGCGACAUCUUCAGCAUGGCUCAGUUGACCUGGAUCCUGGAACAAGAAGGUCUCAAGGUUCGUCUUGAAGACUUGAUUGAGCAUCCUUCUUUCUUGGGCCAAAUGGCUGUCUUGGCGCUGCACAAUGCCAACCAUCAGGAGCACUUCCCUGCCGAUUUCGCUUCCGGUGCUAUGUCCUCCCGACCCAGUUGCUAUCACCCGUGUUGA